GAGGCCACCUCGCUCCAGACCCGUCGGAACCUCGCUUCCCCCGCCGGCCCCGCCCGUUCCUGGGCCAGUUCCCGGGCCUGUCGGUGGCCAUGGCGCUGCUGCUGCAGCGCGGCCUGCGGGCGGUGCCGCUGCUCGCCUGGGCCCCGCGGCGGGCGGCGGCGACGCGGCCCGGAGACCCGGAGCCGCCGGAGCCGGCGCUGGAGGAGGCGGAGAGGGCGCGGCGGCGGCGGCGGGCGGCGCGGAUGGAGCGGCUGCGGCGGGAGCUGGGCGGGGGGCGCGGAGCCCCCGAGCGCGCCCUGACCUGGCAGGCGAUGGAGCAGCUGCGGUUCCUGCGGCAGGAGCUGCCCGAGGAGUGGCCGCUGGAGCGCCUGGCACAGGGCUUCGGUGUCAGCACCGACGUGGUGCGGCGGGUGCUGCGGAGCCGCGGCUGCCCCUCGCCGCGCCGCCGCCUGCGGCAGGACCAGCGGGCGCUGAGCGGCACCACCGCAGCACCGGCGGGACGGGGAGCGGGGGACGGGCGCGAGGUGCGCGCCCCCGACGGGACGCUGCUGUAUCGGCUGCCGCGGGGCUGGGGCGGGCCGGGGCCCGGCGCGCAAUAAACGGAGUUGGGACCCGC